GCUGUUCCCUCCACCACUUCACCCACCACCAGGCCACCUCUCUCCCCUCUCAAGAAUUCUCUGCUACUGUUCUUCGCCCAUUCCUUCUCCUCAGUCACCUCACUCUUUACCCGUGCCGAGCCUGCUGCCCUGCUGCCUCCACUACGUUUCUAGAAUCCCAAGGCCUCCCUCCCCGCCAGCAGAAGCGGCAGCCUUUGACCCGCCGCCGCCGCCAUGGUCGUGGCCGCCGGCGGCGCCGAGGGCUUCGACCCCACGGCGCCGUCCCCGUCCCGCGCCCCGGCCUCGCGCCAGGACGUCCAGGCGGCCAUCGCCAAGGCCGUCGAGCUGCGCCAGCUCCACGCCGCCCUCCUCCAGCGCGGCGCGCCCAAUGCCCGCGCCGGGGCCGCCGCCGGCCGCAGCCCGGCCGUCAUCCGUCUCCCGCCGGUCGCGUCCCCCGCGCGCUCCCGGACGGUGGACGAGGAGUACCCCGUGUUCACUCCGCAGGCCUACGACGACAAGGAGUGCGUGGCCGCGGCUGCACUGAACCAUAUUUGCCAGGACAACCGGAGCCGGUCGGAGAACUGGGCCGGCGUCGCCCUGGACCACGGCGGCUGCGACGACGCGGCCCUGUCCGACUACGACAGUGGCCUCAACGCCUUCUCGUCCUCCAACAGCGAGGUGCUCUUCCCUUCCUCCAACGACCCCUGCCUGCGGAGCAGAGGCGCGGCGUACAAGAUCCACCCGGCCUUCAUGCACUCCGCGCCCUCGGCCGACCGCGUCCUCCUGUCCGCCGGGCGGGCGUCGGAGCUCAAGCUGCCGCCGGCGACGUGCAACAAUGCGAUCCGGCCCGCGACGAUCAGCAGCAGCAGCAGGGUGCCGCCCCCGUCGGCGCACUCCCGGGCGAAGAGCAGAGCGCCGCAGAUCCUCUCGUGGCUCUUCCCCAAGUCGAGGAAGAAAGCGAAGCCGCCGGAGAUGAUGACGAUGCCGCCGACCGCCAUCGAUCGCGGCAACGUGUCGCAGCUCCUGACGGAGUGGGGGGCGCUGUCCCUCGAGUCCCUCAAGAAGGAGCUCGCGGAGGCCCACGCGCACCGCGACGCCGCGCUCCGGGAAGCCGCGGAGGUGAGGUCGUCUCUGGGGGAGCUGGCCGCCAAGCUGGUGAGCGUGGAAGCCUACUGCGCGGAGCUCAAGAAGGCGCUGCGGCAGGCCACCAGCUCGCCGUCCGUCUCCCGGAGAUCGACGAGAUCAGCCGAGGCAAGCCGAGAGCUCCCGAUGCCGGUGAGCCACGACGUGAUGGUGGAAGGCUUCCUGCAGAUCGCGUCGGAGGCCCGGCUCUCGGUGAAGCAGCUCUGCAAGGCGCUGAUCCAGCAGGUGAGCGACGACGCCGGCGACGGCCUGUCCGACAGGCUGAACCUGCUCCUGCGGCCGUACCAGCUCGCGCUCGCCGGCGGCGGCGCCGGCAGGCAAUGCUCCAAGACCGUGCUGCACCACCUCGAGGCGGUCAUGAACCAGGCCAUGUACCAGGACUUCGAGAACCCGGCGUUCCAGCGCGGCGGCGCGCCGAGGUGCCUCGACCCCGCGGAGGACCGGCGGCGGAGCUUCGCCGCCUUUGUGGCGCUGCGCAACCUGAGCUGGAACGAGGUGCUGAGGAAGGGGACCAAGUACUACAGCGAGGACUUCAGCCGGUUCUGCGACCGGAAGAUGAGCGGCGUGGUGGCGACGCUGGGCUGGUGCCGGCCGUGGCCGGAGCAGCUGCUGCAGUGCUUCUUCGUCGCCGCCAAGUGCGUCUGGCUGCUCCACCUGCUGGCCUUCUCCUUCGGCCCGCCGCUGACGAUCCUGCGCGUCGAGGACGGCCGCGCGUUUGAUCAGAUGUACAUGGAGGACAUCCUGCAGGACAGGCAACAGGUGCAGAGUCCUUGUCAAGUGAAGGUCAUGGUGAUGCCAGGGUUUUAUGUCCAAGAUAGAGUGCUUAAGUGCAGGGUCCUCACCACCAGAUCAGCUUCAUAGAUGUCUCAUAUCUCAGCUGUAUUUGACCAACAGCUUGUGUGGUGUCAACUUCCAAGUGUAACUUCUUCUCUCUCUUUUUCUUCUUUUCUUUUUUGUCUUGAGCCAAAGUACAGUAAUUUCAGAUGUGCUGAACCAUUUGUUUGCCGUAGAUUUGCAGUAAACAACUAACAAAGUGAAAUUGUGAGA